AUGCUGGCUACGCCAGUGGUAGCUCGAUAUAAUUUCACACGGAAUUUGGGCUCUGUGGUUAUACUUCCGGAAUCCUUCGCGGGAAAUGAUCCGGAACCAGGGCUUCCGGCUGUUCAGAGGGUCACCAACUAUUUCCACAACGGGACAUGGAAAAACAGACGCCGUUGCGUUGGAUGUUAUUGGCACAAGGAGGGGAAUUUUCACUUCGACGAUUACAUUGGUGGUGUUCUCUAUGCCGAAAAGGUGGCAAAAUCAGCAUCAACAACAAUGUUUCUGGAUAAUUGUGCUGCCUACGACCUCAUUCCCCCAGACCUAAGAGCACGGAUCCAGGACACAGUAUUUUCGGUGUCGGUACGAGAUAUCCCAGACUUUAAGAAUGGCACAGAAAAAGAUUUUGCCCUUUUUCCAGACGCAGCUCGACAUCCCAUAUUCUACAAUCACCCAGGCUCCGGGCGUCGUUGUUUGUAUCUGACCAACACAAUGGUGACGCUGCGACCCAAGAGUGUAAACGAGAUGACAGAUCUUCAAAAGGCAUGGAAUAUCAUGAUCACUCAGGCACCCAAAUAUCAGCACUACUGGACAGCAGGAGAUGUCGUCAUUUGGGAUAAUUUGGCGGUUAUGCACAAAGCUGGGGAGAAACGGACUGGGUAUUCUCCAAAAGAUCCACGAAUGCUUUUCAGAACGCAAUAUCGUAUCGGUAAAACUGCUGGGAAAAGAUAA